AUGCCUUUAAUAAUAAUAUGUGGAACACCAGUGAGUGGUAAAACUUUUAGAACGAAUGAACUGAAAGAUUUUUUCAUUAAUAAACACAAGAAGAAAGUUGAGAUAGUUUCUGAAGACGAGGCUAUUGCCAAGUUAGGUUAUGAGAAGAACUCUACUUAUUUGGACUCGCAGAAAGAGAAGAGAAUCAGAGGGUACCUAAAGUCCGAAGUAUUGAGGCUUAUUGGCAAAGAUAAUGUUGUUAUAUUGGAUGGAAGUAACUACAUAAAAGGUUACCGCUAUGAACUCUACUGUGCUUCUAAAGCAUCUAAAUCCACACAAUGUACAGUUUACACCAUAAGAAAUCAUGACGAAGCUUGGGAGGCGAACCUUAAGAGAGAGCAGGAUGCAAACACGGAAAAACAAUUAGUAGAUAAGGACAGCAGUAUAAACAGUAUGCCAUAUACUGAGGAAGUGUUCAAUGCCUUGACCAGGUUAAGAUUUGAAGAACCCAACUCCAAUAAUAGAUGGGACAGUCCACUAUUCACAGUACUCAAUACACCAUCAGAUGAACUCAAUUUGGACAAUAUAUACAAGGUCCUGUUUGAGAAGAAGCCGCCUCCUCCUAAUAUGAGUACACAGAAUGCACCUCUGACAGCAACAAAUUUCUUGUACGAAUUGGACAAAGUGACUCAAUCAAUAUCAAAACAGAUCUUAGACGCAAAGCAACUCAAUAUGGAUGGUGAAGUCAAGUUUCCAGAAUAUCCCGGAUGUAUAUUAGAAGCUGGCUACACUCAGUUUGUUAAUCCACAGAAGUUACUCAGAUUAAGAAGACAGUUUCUCACUUACGCGAAGAUGAAUCAUUCUAAUGAAGAUACGAGUAAAAUAGGACGAUAUUAUAUACAAUAUUUAAAUAAAACAUUGACGGAUUGA